AUGCUUUGUUCUCAACCAGAAUCGGCGCUGGCACACACUUCGCUCAAGCGCGUCAACGAAGAGUCGAACUCCAUCCUGCAGGCAGCUGCCACCAUCUCCAAUCCCCAGCAGACUGCUGAUCACCCUUCGCCCUUUUGGUUCUCCUCCCUCCCCUCCUCCUCAACUACUUCCAACGAGCUCUCGACGCCCAAGACUGGCUCCCAGCUGGACCUCGAUCUCGUCCAAGCUCACUCCGGCAUCGACUUUUUCCAAUUGGGUCUCUCGUCCCUAGACGCCAACUGUCCUCUCUCUUCGAGCCCCCUUUCAGCAACAACCACUUCCGGCAUCUGUGUCGACCAGUCUUCGCCAGCCAUGAGUACCGGCAGCAGCUACAACUUUAGCACGCCUUCGCUACACCAGCUUCCGACGCUCCCAGGAUCGUUGGCCACCUCUUCGCCCAACGUCGGCAGCGUCGGUACAGCAGAAGCCAACAGCGCCAUGGCGUCUCCGUCGCAGCACGAGCAGAAUUGGUAUCCUCAAAGCCACGACAAGAAGCCAUUCGAUGGGCCUGCAGAAACCUCGUCCUCGACCUUCCAGGCCCCUUAUCCGCACAGGAGCAGCAUGACCACGAGCAACUACCAGAGUCAACAGCCGCAACAACCUUAUCACCAUGACCUCGACUAUCAAGCCCACGGCGCGCAUCCCGGCGUGUCGCAGUACUUCCAGCAUCGAGCUUCCAUCUCGGGGCCUCUGAUGGAGUCCCCCUCCUACGCAGAACGCUACGAGAGCGCGGCUGCUGCUCCUGCGCCUCCACGCCUUCACGGCCUGGCAGCCUGGGAGAACGCCUCGGGAUCUGCACGUCCACACACGGCCGAUGGGUUGUUCGGCCACUUCGGAGCUGUCGGCCCCGCCGCUGGCUCGCACGAUGCAUCCGCAGACACGUCAACGGUGAGCAACUCUGCCGGAUCCAGCUCGCGACCUUACACGCCUGGAGGUCACGGUGCUGUCAUCGACGCUUUUUAUGCUCAGCGGCGUAUGUCCAUGCCGGAUCCUUCCGCCGCGGGACCUGGCAAGGUAUUUUCAUACAUGACUUCGGGCGAAGAUGGCGGUAUGGGUACGUCGUCGGGCGCCACUUCGGCUUCUCAGGGUUACGACAACCACUACUUUGGCGGUUACAGCGCCGGUGCCAGCAAGAAACGUCCUCGCCGUCGAUACGACGAGAUCGAACGUCUCUACCCUUGCAGCUGGCCCGGCUGCACGAAGAGCUACGGCACGCUUAACCAUCUCAAUGCGCAUGUCGCCAUGCAAAAGCACGGUCCAAAGCGCUCGCCCAGCGAGUUCAAGGAUAUGCGCAAGGCGUGGCGCAAGCAGAAAAAGGAGGAUGAGCACCGACGACAGUCGCGACAGCUCAGCUUGAACGACUCGGCACUGCGUCCCAGCUACAGCGGAUCGGGUUACGGCGGUCUGCCCUCGAGCGACUCGUUCGGCAGCACUUCCGGCAACGCUUCGGUGCUUCCGAUCGCACCACCUCCCGCCUUGCAUGGCAGCGGCGGCACCCUGCCCGGCAUCCCUGGCUCCUUGGCCCAUCUGAGCCGCUACAGCAUGUCAUCCGUGUCGACUUCGAGCGCAUCCUCGGCUCAGCAGUCGCCGUUCUACCUGACCGGCUCCUCGGCUGAUGGCGCCCACAGCCAACCUACCGGCGCCAGCGCUACGCCUCUGCAGUACUCGAGCAGCGACGGUAGCAAGCUCGGCUACGCCCCCUCGUCCACUGCAGCCCAUCCCGCCACCAGCACCGCCAACUCGCAGUACCCAUACUUUGGCGCGUACGUUCCUGCCCACCGUGGCAGCGUUCAGUAG